CAAGGUGUUGAUGGUAAACUGUCCUGUGUCUGCCGGUGGGAAGAGCGCUGCUACUCCGGUUUGUCCUGUAAUUCUGUUUUGUGCAACAAAAGAAAAUAACUCAUAAUCCGACGGAAAAGGAAUAAACUAAUCCACUAUAAUAACGGGAGACAAACGGGGAAUCAUCAUUUACUACAUUUCCCUUAACAUAAUUCCUAACUUUUUUCUAAUCAGUAACUAGAGGUGAUAUUCUCCCACAAGUCAAAAAAGUUGGAAGACGAUUUUGUAUACAAGAUGUGUUGCGGCUGAAAAUUAGUUUUUGUUAGUUAAGUCGAAGCUUGUUUUAAGGUGUAAGUUAUCACCAAGGACAAGACAAGAAGGACAAAGCUGAAACAGACAAAGUGCUAGGGGCAGAGUAAAGUCAAUGGAACCUCAGUUGUGCUGUGAGGAGGACAGGCCUGCUAUCCGGAGGGCCUACCGGGACUCCAACCUAUUGACUGACCGGGUCCUGCACGCUCUCUUGCGGGCAGAAGACAAGUACCUCCCUGCUCCCAAUUAUUUCAAAUGCGUCCAGAGAGAAAUAGCUCCGUACAUGAGGAGGAUAGUGGCUACCUGGAUGUUGGAGGUGUGUGAGGAGCAGAAGUGUGAGGAGGAGGUUUUCCCCCUGGCUAUGAGCUACAUGGACCGCUUCCUGUCAGUAGAACCCACCAAGAAGAACCAUCUGCAGUUAUUAGGAGCUGCCUGUAUGUUCCUGGCAUCCAAACUGAAGGAGACAAUCCCACUCACUGCCGAGAAACUCUGCAUCUACACAGAUAACUCUAUUGCACUUACUCAGCUGCUGCAAAUGGAGCUGCUGGUUUUGAACAAGCUGAAGUGGGACUUGGCCUCAGUAACCCCUCUCGACUUCAUUGACCACUUCCUGUCUCAGCUGCCUGUCAGGAGAGAGAACGGGCCCAUACUGAGGAAGCACGCUCAGACCUUUGUGGCGCUGUGUGCCACAGAUGUUAAAUUCAUAGCCAGCCCUCCGUCCAUGGUCGCAGCAGGCAGCAUGGUGGCAGCAGUGGAGGGCUUACAGAUGAGAAUGGUGGGCAAUGCCAUGAUGUCUCAGAAACUGACAGAGCGGCUGGCACAAACCAUCAGGAGUGACCCGGACUGUCUCAGGGCGUGUCAGGAACAAAUCGAGUCGCUGCUGGAAACCAGUCUCAGACAGGCACAACAACAGCAACACUCAGUUACCAAGGAAACUAAGGACAUUGGUGAGGGGCAGGACCUCUCAACUACACCCACAGAUGUCCAGGACAUAAACAUCUGAUUGAGUGCUGCCAGUCAGACUGCUGGAUGAGAAUAGAAAAGCUGGUUGAACUGAUGAAGUGGACGGUCGUCACAAAAACACACAUGGCUUUGUUUACAUGAUGUGGUGUGUGUUUUGGAGCGCUUACAAGUGACUGGACUCAACAGUGUAUCAGAACUUUUAAUAUUAAGUCCAGUAUGAACUGUGGCGCGGACCAGGAGAUGCUGACUGGAGACCAUCACGUCCAGGACAUUGACAACCUUAAGACUAGAAUUCAGCUAAAGGAAUGGCUGAAAGAGUAAUGAGUGUUAAGUGGGGCUUUUUACUUGUGGGUAACAGUUUGAUGCACCCACCAAGGUGUUUCGAAGGCCUAGUAGGUCUGUCUGAACCUACGCCUCCUCCUAAAUUGAAACUGUCUAGCCUCAGAGACUAAAACUAAUUGGUGCGUUUUGAUGUCCCUGCGUUUAGAAUACGGGUCGUAUUCAUUAAACGUUUAAGAAUUACAUGCAAGAAUGCUCCAAAGAGCCAACUCAGGAGUAAAAAAGUUCCUUGCUAAAAGUGAACAGUGACUCCACUCCCAAAGAGUGUUUUUCUAGAUUCAGCUGCUCUAUUAGCAUGACCACACAAUGAUCCUUGAAGGUACUAAUAUUUUGCCUCUUGAAUAGAGAAGCCACAACUAAAUUGUUGUACCAACAUAGUAGUAUGACCAAACUUUUAAAUUUUUUUUUAUUUUUAGGGUAUUGCCCUCAUGACAUAAGCUUGUAUCAGGUUAAGACCUAUUUGGUGGUGCUUUUUUUUGUCUGUCUCAGGACAGAGUGAAGAUGAAUUAAGGAAAACUGUCUGAUAAGACUCUUAAAGCCUGUUGAUGAUGAUGAUGAUUAUAUAAUUUCUUGGCCUAUAUUGUUGUGUGGUGGCAUAAUUUUUACUGGCCUAAUGUAGAUGAAGUGAUGUCCACUUUCAGCAAGCUAAAACCAGUUACCCUCAUCCUAAAGGUAUGGUCACAUAGAGAGUCGAAGUGAAACUGGAACUUCAGGGUUCUGCUCCAGAAGUAAGAAAACCUCAUUCAAAAUCCCAUUGACAUUUGUAACAACGCUAAUAAUUAAAAAUCCAGCCUUGGAACAGGCACCUUUA